GCACCCGAAGCUCCUCAGGGGAAAAAUCCACCUGGCGCACCUCAAGCUCCAGAGUAACGACACGCACCUCUGCCGCCUUUGUGCCGAUGGACGUUUCCUUCGUCACUUUACGCCGCGUCUUCGUGCGCACGUGAUCGCCGAGAAGCAGGAAGUUGUACAGGUGCCACAAGUCCUCAGUGGUGCUGACCGUCACCUUCACCUCCACCUCCCCAUCGGGUCGCACUGCCUUUCGCAGGAGACGCAUGCUACGGAGAGCUGCCACUUGCCAACAACUAGGAAGGAAGGCAAGCGUGAGAGGGAGAGAGAGCGAGAGCGAGGGAGAGAGCGAGAGCGAGGGAGAGAGCGAGAGCGAGGGAGAGAGCGAGAGCGAGAGCGAGGGAGAGAGCAAGAGAGAGCUGCACAGAAGGACGCGGCCAAGCAAUAG